GGACCUGGCGAUCCUUGCGAGGAAAACGGUAUAAUAACACAAUGUGCUGGUAAUUCAAUUUGUGCUAACGGCUAUUGUACUUGCCCAGGCGGAGAACCAGUUAUAAAUGGUAUAUGCAUGAGUCGUGAUAGUCAAGCCGGACCAGAUGAACCUUGUCAAAUGGGCAUUACGCGAUGCACUGGUGGCUCGUUUUGUAUGCAUAAUCUUUGUAUAUGUCCCAGAGGCCAAGUAUCCUUUAGAGGUCAAUGUACACCAGUGUUAAUAGCAAGUGUUUAUCCAAAUCAACCGUGCAAUUUUCGUUCGAAAUGCGUUGGAGGAUCUUCAUGUAUCGAGGGAAUGUGCAGAUGUCCAAAUGGCAUGUCUGCUUUACCUAAUUCUCCGAUAUGCUCCAUUAUUAUUCGCAAAAUAUAUGCCUAUUUCUAUGCGAUUUCAGUAUCGCUUACUGGUGCACCAGGUCAACGUUGUGAUACGACUAAUUUAAGAGAGCCUUGUCGGGGAGAUUCGUUAUGUGUAAAUGAUAUGUGCAUUUGCCCUUCUAAUCGAGUUGUCUUUGGGGACAAAUGCGUUAUUUUCGAGGGAGAAGUUGGCCCUGGUUACUCGUGUGCUCAAGAAGGCGUAAUUUGUGGCGGUGGCUCUACUUGCAAUAAUGGUGUUUUUGCACCAGGUGCUAAGUGCACUUCGAUAUGUGCGAGUUGUGCUCAGUGCGGUGGAGGAUCUAUUUGCUGGGAUGGCUAUUGUAGGUGUCCCCUUGGUUACAAUGCUGUCGAUACUAGAUGUACCCCUAUCAUUUUAACAUCUGUCGUGAUUAUAGUUCGACCUGGUGAUAAGUGCAGUGCUAAAGCAAUUUGUGGUGGCGGUUCUUCUUGUAUUAUUGGUCGUUGCGUUUGUUCUCCAGGCUAUGUUCCAAACAACGAAAGAGAUAGUUGUAUAAAUGCUCUCUUAAAUCCAUCAACGGUUGCUGGUGUUAAUCCAGGUGAAGAAUGUACAAUGUCAACUGCAUGUAAUGGUGGAGCAACAUGCAUCCAUAAUAUAUGUGCUUGUCCAGCGAACAGCUAUAUCUCCAAUAAUAUUUGCGUUAUACGACAAUUCCCUAAAUCAUUGUACCUUGGCUCAGCCUGCGCAUUAAUUGAUUACUGCCAGCGAAAUUCACAAUGUAUUCGUGGAUAUUGUAUUUGCAAUUCGGAUCAAGUGGUCGAUGCCAAUGGUUACUGCAUAAGCAAAUUGUCUAAUCCACUGGAACAACGAGGAAUGGCUGGUUCACGUUGCGAAACCGCUACAUAUCAUUGUCGCUCUUCUUUAAUGUGCACCAGCUGGGGUUAUUGUGUAUGUUCAAAUGGUUAUGAAGGAAAUGGGCUUGGUGAAUGUACACCAGAGACAAUUCCACGCAUGCUGCCCUUUCAUGCACACAUAGAAGCGAAGUGUAACAGUAACAAUGAAUGCACUGGUCACCAUGUAUGUAUAAAAGGCCAAUGUUUGUGUCCGCAAGGAUCCCAAGAAGGACCAAAUGGUUCUUGCAUAACUCGGCGAAGUCUAGUACCUCCUGGAUCGUGGUGCGAUGGAUCAACAGCUAUUUGCAGUGGCGGAUCUAAUUGUCACCAAAAUAAUUUGGAACCAACUACUGAAUCAUAUAAGCGAUUCACCAGAGAUCCAUCAACGACGCCAAUAUUGAAUUGCCCUAUUGACGGCUCUUGUAGGCUACCUGAUUGUUUCUGUUCAAGGAGUGGUCUAGAAGUGCCAAAUGGUUUACAUCCAAUUGAAAUUCCUCAAAUCGUUUUAUUAACUUUUUCUGGUCCAGUACAUUCUCUAACAAUUAAUAUUUUCAAAUCGCUGUUUAAUGGGAGAUUCAGAAAUCCAAAUGGAUGUCCUAUCAAAGGAACUUUUUUCGUGUCGCACGAAUGGAACAAUUACGAUCAAACCCAAUGGCUUCUGAGCCAAGGCCAUGAAAUAGGUGUUAAUUCAAUAACGGGCGAUAAUUUGCGUAAUGAAUCUCUUCGAAGAUGGCAUGAUGAAAUGAUUGGAAUGCGUGAAGCUCUUCAACAUUUUAGUUACGCUUCAUUUGAUGAAAUCGUUGGAAUACGAGCGCCAUAUUUUCAAUUCGGAGGUGAAAAUCAAUUUAAUAUGAUGGAAGCAUCAGGUUUUCUUUAUGAUAAUUCGAUGAAGAUUAAUGGCGGUCCGUUUUGGCCGCAAACAAUGGAUUAUUCUUUAGCUUGGAACUGUACAGAAUACGAUUGUCCUCGAAAGCCAUAUCGUGGAUUAUGGGCUAUUCCUAUUCAUCAGUUAAUCACUGAUAAUCCACGCGUUAAAAUUGGCAUGAUUGAUGAAAUAAUACAAAUUUUCGACUCACCGGAGAAGAUAGCUGAUGUGCUAUACAAAAAUUUUCUUCGUUCGUACAAUUAUAAUAAAGCUCCAUUUGUUGUUGCGAUGGAAUCAAAAUUUUUAACAUCGCUCACUUACGAUCGUGCUUUGAUUGCCCUCGAAAUUUUUAUCACCAAAGUUCUAAACAAUUCUGAUACUUAUAUAGUUACUGCUAGUCAAGCUAUAAAAUGGAUUGAAACACCAGUUCGUUUACUAAAAGUCCAUAGUUUUUCACCAUGGACUUGUAAAUUGCUAUCGAACCAUCAUAUUCUUCCAUGUGAGAAUCCAUCAACAUGUUCUUUCGUUUGUGAAAAAGGUGAAGCACAUGUAUUUUCCAUUUGUGGUUCAUGUCCACGAGUAUAUCCAAAACUCGGCGAUCCUUUGGGAGUUGGAAAUGCUUAG